GGGCUAAAUAAGAUCAGGAACAGGAACAAACACAGGAUCCAGAAGGAUUGGUUUGAAGGAAAUCUUGAUGAAAAAAUUCUAAGUAGUUUGACAAAUAACGAUAAACAACAAUAAUAUCCUGUGUUUGUGAAUGUUGGAUGGUCAACAGUUAUGAAUAAGAGGACCCAAUUUUUGUUUCUUUAACACGGCUACAAUAACAGACAGACAGAUGUCAUUCUCUAAACGUAGUCUGGUUAUUUCGACAUCGGUCGCUGGAUCUUUAACUCCCUCUGGAAUGAAGCCACAACAACAAUAGCCAUAACAACUACAAACAUACACAGUGUCCUCUUAAAAAAAAAACAAAGUCUAGUUAUUCGGACAUGAUGCCAGAUAGACAGCAGCUGCAAAUAAGGUGACCCAGCUUGUAUUUCUUCAAAACAGUCACAACAACAACUCUAGCAACAAACACACAGACCAUUCUUGAAACGCAGCCUGGUGAUUUGGACACCGGUCAAUGGAUCUUUAACAACUGCAGCUUCUAAAACCACAACAACAAUAACACUGGUGCAAUGAGCAACGUUUUUUUAAAUGGCCAAAUAAUAAUAAGUAAAUUCUUAGAAGUGACCGGUUGCUGUCCUAAUACUACAAUAUAACCGGUACAUGCAGUAUCAGUCACCAGCACAGGUCAACUGGAGGGAGUGACGAACAAAAAAAAAAAAAAACGGUAGAAUUUGAACCAGCAAAGGUUGACACCGAAAAGCAUCUUGACCCACAUCUCAAAACGUCACCUUGAUUUGAACCUGUUGUGUCCCCGUGACUAGAGUGAAGACCAAAACCAUGUUGACCCGAAUGUUAGCGGCAAAACUGGAAAGGAAGAAACAGCAGGAAUUGGAAAGUAUGCGAACAGACGAAGACGACGACAACAUAUUUGAGCCUGAUCCACUACUAAAUUGUGAACAGAACCCUGAAUACCCUAUGAUUCAUCCGUGUGUUGAUCCGCCUCUCUGCAGCAACUGCCAGAAAUCCGAACUCUCAUUCUUCGACCCCAACUGUCCAGGAUGUCAUGAAAUCUUACUCCGUCCUACCACUUUGGUUCCAGAAAUUUUUGCCAUUCUACGGCAAUGGACACCACAAACCCAACAGAAUAUAGAACUUCUAGUCGAUCAAAUACUCGAAAGAGGAGCCAACAUCAACGACCGUGAUGGUUUAACAGACAUGACCCUGCUACAUUAUGCCAGUAAAGCAGGUGCUAGUGGAGUUGGUGAUGCAGAGAUGGCCAGUCGUGUGGUGACAAUGUUGCUGGACAAAGGGGCCGACCCCUUUAUCCGGUGUCGAUGGACCAACAUGACUGCCUUACAUUAUGCUGCUUAUUUUGAUAUUGCACCAGCCAUCAAGAUUCUCCUGAAAACAACAAAAGCAAUUGAUAUUGACCACACGUGUUCAGAAUUUGACCAUGGUUCAGCCUUGCACAUUGCUGCCAGCAAUGUGGCUUAUAAUGCAGUUAAAGUGCUGCAGCAGAAUGGCGCAAAUGCUUACAUGAAGGACGACCUAGGACGAUAUCCGAUUGAUUGUGUUCCUGAUCCCAAGAACUUUCCAGAAGACUCCGAAAUGGGUAAAUUAGCAGCGAAAAUUCGCAAGAUGAUGCCAGAAGCUGGUCCAGUCAGCCCAAACACUUGCUCGCCGAUAUUUGACCCAACUCAGAGCCGAGUGACACUUCAGGCUAUGGGCUUGAGAUUGGGAGAUAAAGUGGUGAUCAAUGGUACUAAGAGCGGUGCUCUUCGGUACUGCGGUCCCACAGAAUUUGCUGCUGGUAUUUGGGCUGGUAUUGAACUUGAUGAACCCAUCGGUAAAAACGAUGGUAGCGUUGGUGGCAUCAUGUAUUUUCGCUGUGCAUCGAAUCAUGGAGUCUUCGCUCCAGUCAGUAAGAUUGCCAAACUUGGCUCUUCACCAGUCCGAGUGUCCACGAGCGGCUGUACCAGCAGUCCCUUGAAAACGCCACGUCCACUUUCUGUCGACAUAUCUCAUAUUUCAGCAAAAGUCGACACAGAUUUCUUGCGAGUGCCAGGUCGAAGUAAGUCGACUGCAUCUUCUACGUCAGACGGUGGAGAUAUUGAAGUUGGAGAUCGAGUCAUUGUAGCUGGCCAGAGGAAAGGAACCGUUCGUUUCUAUGGAGAGACCCAGUUUGCAUUAGGAUGUUGGUAUGGCAUUGAACUCGACCGAGCUGUUGGCAAAAACGAUGGUUCCGUGAAUGGUCAGCGCUAUUUUACCUGCAAAGCAAAGUAUGGAGUGUUUGCUCCUCCUUCCAGAAUACAAAAGCUUGGUGAGAAGAGGUUUAGUUCUUCUGAAUCCCUGGAUACCAUCAGCUGGGGUGCCGUAUCGGAGAAGAAUGAAAAGAGAUCUUCAAGUUCCAACAGUUCCCGACUAAGGACACCAACAAAACUUGCCAAAAAUACAAAUCCAAAGAUUGCCCGUGUGCCUGGUGCCAGUUCAGAUCUGAAGCUUGAGAUUGGAAUGGGUGUCUUCUGCAGCAAUGAAUUAGGUGUUAUUCGUUACAUCGGACCAACAGAUUUUGCGGAAGGCAUCUGGAUCGGUGUGGAGUUGCGGACGGCGAAAGGUAAAAAUGACGGCAGCGUGAACAACAAACGGUACUUCUUGUGCAAACCAAACUGCGGUCUGCUGGUACGACCAAACAAAAUCACCGUUCGUGGCAUUAACGGUGCCAAACUAAUGGGAGGGGAAACGUCUGUGGAGAAAGAGAACAGCUUAAAUGGAGAAUUAAAGAAUAAAUAAAACAAAGAACAAAUAACGGAUCUAAACAAACGACUGACUGGCCAUGUUGUUGGGAGUUUCAUGUUUUUUUUUUGUUAUUUUCUUCUUUUUUUUUUGCUCCAUCGCUUUUGCUUGAUGGGAAAAAAACCAAAGAUGAUGCUAGCAUGUCAACAGUGCAACCAAGAAUUGCUCUUAGACAUGUAAUAAACACAUAAAAAAACA